UUUUUAAAUUAACCCACUCUUUGAAUCAUGAUACUGCUGCUGCCUGAUAGUAGAGUAGACCAAAGCCUCCUUUAGUUCUAAAAUCUUCACGCUGGUCUUCAUGCGUGCAGGAACACCAGAAACUGAAAGAGCAGCUGCCCAGUGCACAUGUGCAUGCUGGCCGGAUCCUGGAAGAUCAUCUUCCCGGCGGCUGCUCUUUUGGUUUCUGGCGCUCCUGCACACUGGAACCCAAAAGAGCAAGGGGAGCAGAGCUGCCAGCCAGGACAGGCGGGCCGGGGCUUCCCUCCCUCCCCGCCUGAGCAGGCUUCUUGCGCAGACCCAGCCCUCCAGCCCAUGGCAACGAUUCACGUCCAUGGUCUGGAGCACCUGGCCAGCUUGGGUGCACGGUGCAGCGAGGUAGCAUUUGCUGGCUGGUCGGCUGGCCGCACUACCUGCUCCUCCUGCUGCUGCGGGGGGAGGUUGAGCUGGUUUGUUCUCAGUGGCAGGCUGCGGGAGGCGCUUCAUUGCGGCCAGACUUGGGGCAAAGCUCUCCCUCCUGCUGGCCUCCCAAGCUGAGCCCUGGGAAUGCCAAUGCCCUUCACCUCUGAGGCCAGGAAGGGGCUCUGGCUUUCCAGUGGAGGAAGGUGGCAUUCCCCGUCCAAAUUUUUCUCUUUUUCUGGGGCUGCAGAACCGGGUUGUCGGUGGGGAUGUUCCGCCACCCCAACAGGGACCAGGGAGGCCAGCAGGGGGUUGGGCAGGGAGGCGCAAGGCUCCCAAAAGGUCAGGUGGAGCUGGUGCAUGCACACCAGACAGCUGGUGUUCGCACACACGUGCACGCCAGAAACCAGAAGACCAGGUGGUUGAUGCACAUGCCAGAAACUGGAAGAUCAUCUGGUUUUCCUGUUUCCAGCGGGCUCCUGUUUCGGCACUUGGUGCUGAAAAGGUUUGCCAAUACUGGUCCUGGGGAAUAGGGAGGGCCUUGUUGUUCAGCAUCGUUGACCAAAGCCAAACAAGAGCUUGCUAUCUUCUAAAGUAGGUGGUAUGAUAUGGCUGGUCACCAGUGCACAGGAGGGAGAUGCAAUGUACCACAGAUGAUAUGCACUGUCUGGUGGAGUUGGACAGCGAGCAUUUGGGGGUGGGCACCAUAUACUGGCACAAGAUUCAUCUGUGAUUCAUCAAGGCUCUUGAUUGUAGGGUGUUGGCAUCAAAACCCCAGGUUGUUCCAGCCAGUCUGUUCAGUAAAUUGUUGCAGCUUUGCAAUUUUGCAGCUAUUUUUUUCCAGGUGUUGCCGGAAGGUUAGUGAUCUAUCCAGUGUUGUCCCCAGGUACUUCAGAGAGCUAUUGCAUUGUAAAAUAUGGUUCUGGGACUUCACUGAAGGCUGGUAAUUUGCAUACCCGUUGCUGAGGUAGAAUGUGGCUACUUCUGUUUUCGUAAGGCUUGGUUGGCAGUGCCAUGUUUUGAAGGAGUCCACCAGCUUCUGGAGAUCUUGAGAAGGGAUGUCCUCUGCAUCACUGGAAUUGGUUCUUUGGGCUGUGAAAUUGAUAUCAUUGGCAUAAACAACUUUCUGAGAAAUGGUUUCAGGCAGGUCAUGAAUGUACAAGUUAAAAAGUUAAAAGGAGCAGGGGAUAGCAUUAAUACUAAUAAUCCAUUUUUCAACUUACAGUAUGAUAUCAGCUUCUACUGAAUUCUGUGAAAAUUUGAAAUAACCUACUACCCAACAUGUCAAUCAAGUCAAUGGUGUUACAACAAGCAAUCAUUUGAAGCAGAGAUGGUCGCUUUCUUCUCUUUCUGCCGAAGCAGAGACACGCUGGGUCUGGAGCUGCUGCAGAGGGAUUUCCAGGGAACUGUUGUGACCCAGGUUCCUGGACUCGGACUCCUGGACUCGGAUGAUUCAAAAAGUGAGGAGGAAGAAGACCUGGCAAGGCCUGCUUCUCCUGGGCCCUCUCCCUCCCUGGCACCCACCCAAAGGGAGGAGGAGGGGCCGGCAAGGCCUGAUUCUCCCGGGCCUUCUUCUGAUUUGGCAACGCCCCAAGAACAAUUUUGGCUUGAUGCAAGACUGCGCAGACGUGACUGGCGCGCGCAGCAGAGGAGGUGUUGGGACAAAGUCAGAGAAUGAUGAGUCACGCAAUGACACCUACAGAGACUAUAAAAGCAGGAGGCGGAACUUCCUGGCUUUUUGUCUUGGACAAAGCAGUGAAUUUGCGCAGGCAAACAGUUUCAAUGGAGAGAAGAAUAUCUUAGUAAGUAACUUUGGCCCUAUCUAUAAUUUCCUAGUUAUCUCCAGAGACUUGGCAGGCGCGUGGGUAGACGUGGCCAGAACAUUUAUCUAUGUAAAUAAACUAGAAAAGAAGGCCUUUGACUGACUCUUUGUUGGGAGUAUUGGGGGAGGGAAACAGAACAGGAACUUUCCCCUUCGAGUUCCCCGCUUUCAAAUCGAAAAAGGGAGUUCUUCCUAUCCCUCCUCUGCUCUUUCCUUUCCCCUUUACCCGGGGAAAGUACUUUCAGCCGGCGAACAGCUGAUAUUCGCUGUUUUCGCCGGCUUUUUACAAAAUCCCAGCGCGGGUGCCUUUCAGGCGUCCGUCGAAGAGAGCUGAGCCACCGGAAGUCCUUUCAUUUUUCCUCUCUCUUUAAAUAACUUUUUUGAAUCACAGUCACAAUUAACACAGUGUCCAUUUUAUUUCUGUUGUAAUAAACCACGCCUUCCCUUUGUCUCUGCUUGUUUUUCUUUUUCAAAAUCUUAUAAUAAUAAAAGUUUCUUCUAAUCCCAAAUUGCAGAGGGUAAAAGGAUUUGAGGUGUUCCAUUAAAGCCAAUACAUUCCCUUUAACUCCUUUUUCUUAUUUCUUUUGUAUCCUAAAUAGUCCAUCAAGACUUCCAGGGAUUUCAAAACAAUUGCUUAAUUAGAGGUUAUUUGUUUUCCUUUCUUAUUUAAGUAGGGCUCUUAACUUGAGUUCCAAGCCCUCUCUUAUCAGAAUUUCGGAAUUCUUUAAAUUAAUUCUUUCCGUUUUCACUUUCCAGUACAUUUAGCCACUAAUUCAAUGGGGUUUUUUUUUGUUUUUUUUUAAAAUUUGAAUUUAUAUCCUGCCCUUCUCCGAAGACUCAGGGCAGCUUACAUUGUGUAAGGCAAUAGUCUCAUCCUAUUUGUAUAUUUGUAUUAUACAAAGUCAACUUAUUGCCCCCCCCCAACAAUCUGGGUCCUCAUUUUACCUACCUUAUAAAGGAUGGAAGGCUGAGUCAACCUUGGGCCUGGUGGGACUCGAGCCUGCAGUAAUUGUAAUUGCAGGCAGCUGUGUGUUAAUAACAGGCUGCAUUAGCCCGGUGAGCCACUUCCCAGCCCUUCCCAGAGAAGCCCUUUGGAAAUGUUUUUCCAAAGCUUGUGCCAAUUUUAAAAUAAAGUUUCUUCGUGAGCUGGUGACAACUCACCCGUCUUCAAUAAUCUGUUUCUAUUUGUGCUUCAUCCUCCUGCCCGACUUUGUAGCAGCUGAUGGCAGCUGCAUUUCCUCCUCCCGCUGGGUCGGGAGACAAGGACCGGAGCUGCAGGAAGUUUGCAAUCUCCCCGUUUGCUCUGGCGGCUCCCCCAUUCUUCGCUGCUCCUUCAGAGCAGCUAUGGUCCAGAACGGACCCCCAUAUCGGGGGGGGGGGAUUUCGGCGCACACCCUGGAGCUGUUGGGGUGUGCAACCACCUUGUUCGCAACGUUGGCCAUGCCUCGCUAUACCAGUUCUUGAAUACAGCUCAUCUUUCUAGAACCCGCACUGCAUAUCGGACAUAAAUACAAUCAAGACAGUCCAGAGAUAUUUCACAAGAAGAGUCCUCCACUCCUCUGCUCACAAUAAAAUACCUUAUGCCACCAGACUCCAAAUUUUGGGCUUAGACAACGUAGAACUACACCGACUUGAGUCUGACCUAAGGAUAAUAUAGUAUAUAAAAUUAUCUACCACAAUGUCCUACCUGUCAAUGACUACUUCAGCUUCAACCACAACAAUACAUGAGCAAAUAAUAGAUACAAACUCAAGGUAAAGCGCUCCAAACUCGAUUGCAGAAAAUAUGACUUCAGUAACAGAGUAGUCAAUGCCUGGAAUGCACUACCUGACUCUGUAGUUACUUCCCCAAACCCCCAAAACUUUAAGCUUAAACUGUCUACUGUUGACCUCACCCCAUCGACCAUGGUAUCUUGCUGCGCCGGUUGGGGGGACUGGGAGUGGGAGGCACCGUGUAUCGGUGGUUCUCCUCCUAUCUCUCCGACCGGUCGCAGACGGUGUUGACAGGGGGGCAGAGGUCGGCCGCGAGGUGCCUCACUUGUGGGGUCCCGCAGGGGUCGAUUCUCUCGCCCCUGCUGUUCAACAUCUACAUGAAGCCGUUGGGUGAGAUCAUCAGUGGCUUCGGGGUGAGAUAUCAACAGUACGCUGAUGACACCCAGCUGUACUUUUCCACCCCGGGCCACCCCAAUGAAGUUGUUGAAGUGCUGUCCCGGUGUUUGGAAGCCGUACGGGUCUGGAUGGGGAGAAACAGGCUCAAGCUUAAUCCCUCCAAGACGGAGUGGCUGUGGAUGCCGGCAUCUCGAUUCAGUCAACUGCAGCCGCAGUUGACUGUUGGAGGCGAGUUAUUGGCCCCAAGGGACAGGGUGCGCAACUUGGGUGUCCUCCUGGAUGAUCGGCUGUCGUUUGAAGAUCAUUUGACGGCCGUCUCCAGGAGGGCCUUCCACCAGGUUCGCCUGGUUCGGCAGUUGCGCCCCUUCCUUGAUCGGGAUGCCUUGUGCACAGUCACUCAUGCGCUCGUUACCUCUCGCUUGGAUUAUUGUAAUGCUCUCUACAUGGGGCUCCCCCUGAAGUGCACUCGGAGGCUUCAGUUAGUCCAGAAUGCAGCUGCGCGGGUGAUAGAGGGAGCUCCGCGUAGCUCCCAUGUAACACCGCUCCUGCGCAGACUGCACUGGCUACCUGUGGCCUUCCGGGUGCACUUUAAGGUGUUGGUUACGAUCUUUAAAGCGCUCCAUGGCUUAGGGCCCGGGUACUUACGGGACCGCCUGCUGUUACCACAUGCCUCCCACCGACCCGUACGCUCUCACAGAGAGGGACUUCUCAGGGUGCCGUCCGCCAAACAAUGUCGGCUGGCGGCCCCCAGGGGAAGGGCCUUCUCUGUGGGGGCUCCCACACUCUGGAACGAGCUUCCCCCAGGCUUACGCCAAAUACCUGACCUUCGGACUUUCCGCCGCGAACUGAAGACACACCUUUUUAUUCGCGCGGAGCUGGCUUGAAUUGAAUUUUAAAUGGUAAAUUUUUAUUAAUUUUAAAUGGGGUUUUUAGUGUAAGGUAAUUUUUUUAAUUCUCAGGCUAAUUUAAUAAGUUUUUUAAAUUGCAUUUUAAUUGUAUUUUGUAUUGCUUGUUUUAUUCUGCCUGUACACCGCCCUGAGUCCUUCGGGAGAAGGGCGGUAUAAAAAUCAAAUAAAUA